AUGACUGAUUUUUUUGAUCGAGCAAAAAGUUGGGGCGAUAUAGAUUCAGCAGUUCGUCGAAUAGCAGCUCGUUGUGAAGCAUACAAAGAUCCUACAGAUCGUGUAUUUUUCGAAGCAUCAGAAGCAGAAAAUCUGCGGGAAAUAAAAGAAUUAUUCGAAGAGGAAGCGGUGCAAUUUCGAUUGAAUAUUAUUUGGCAACGUUUAAAAAGUGAACAACGAGAUAGUUGGCUUCGUCCAAGUGCAUACUACCAUUUAGUUGGAAGUACAGAAUUUGAUAGGCUUAUUUCAGUGGUUAUAGAAGAGAAAUGUUUGAAAUCACUUAAUCAAAUUGGUAUCACUGAUUUGCUCAUUCAGAUUGGAAGAGGUAAAGUUGAAGUAAAAAAAUGCAGUCGUUGCGGUGUAAGAAUUGAUUAUUACCGUUAUAAAAAUGAUAUAUUACCAGACAUUUUGUCAGCAGAUUUGAUCAUCGGACACGCUGGUGCAGGAACAUGUCUUGAAGUACUUCGUGCUAGAAAACCUUUUAUUAUGGUAAUUAAUGAAGAAUUAAUGGAUAAUCAUCAGUGGGAGCUUGCUGAUCGCUUAUAUGAAUUGGGUCAUAUUUGUCGUACAGUACCAUCCAAAUUAGCUAAUAGUAUCAAGUCUCAUGAUGUUUUCAACUGUAAACCUUUUCCAGGACCUGAUUAUACCUUCGUUGCAAGAAAUAUUAUUCAACAUAUCUAG